AUGCAAGCCGUCCAAGCGUCCCCCGAGGGCGCACAUGCUCCCAACGCCUUCGCCUCGCCGCCUCGCCAAAAGGGCUCGUCCUUGGCCUCGAUUGCCAUCUCGUCCUUUGCUGCUUUUCGGUCCCAGUCCUCGCAACCUGUGCCUGUCGCUGUCCUCCAGUCCCCGGUCCGCAGAAAGCCCCUUCCCGCGAAUUCCCCCGUAGUUGGUCGCUUUACUGUCGAUCAACAAUCUAACCUCCCAUCUGCUGCUGCACCUGAUAAGAGCGUUGAUCUCGCUGCUCAAAGAGGACGCGCCCCCGACACCGUGCUGUCGCCGCCAGUCACUGACGAAGACCUCUUCCUGCCCCGGAACCUCGACGACAACCCACAUGGAAGGACCCCUCUGACGGCAACCGCACCCCGCCAAUUCUCCGAACGUGAUCGUGGGAGCUCGCUCUUCGUCGCAACGCGAGAACCCCCGACCGCCCCAACCGUACCGUCUGCCGCGCGGCAUGAUCGAUCGGCCAGCGGCAUCCAACUCCAACGACAGAGCAAGACCGAGGCGCUGAAGGCCUUUGGCAUCCGGGGAGCACACGCCCGAUCCCCUACCAUGCCGAACAUGCCAGUGUAUAACAACGCAUCGCAACCGCCGCCAGACCUCAAACUCGACUUGAACGGUGUCACGGAAGAUUUCAUGGACGACUACAACUACGGUCCCGAGGACCCUUCACUUACCCGCCAAAACACAAAACCCAAAUCACCCAGCGGAGGAGGAUUCACCUCCUUCUUUGGUUGGAACUCGCGUCCCCAAAACGAGCCCGCGUCGCCAGCCACCGCCUUCUCAGAACACUCAUCACCCGACUCUCCACGCUACAGACAACCCGGCAUGGGCUCCAAGUCAAAACCCAACGGCCUAGACAUUCCGGCCGCCAAUUCGCUCGGCUCGUACUUUACUGUCCCCGGAACUCCACUUCUAUCAUCAUCGCCCCAGAUGAACGCUCACGUAGAAGAGCUGGAGCGCGAGUUGCGCGAGGUCAGCUCCGAGCUUGCUGCCUCGAUACAAAGAGAGAUGGAGCUAGAAGACGAGGUCGAGCGGUGGAAGGCAGAGAGCUCCACUGCCAUGUCUGACAAUCGUAGGACGAGCGACUACUACUCGGAUUCUGGCACAAGCUCUAUCCGCUUCCCAAUCAGCGAUCCCGAGAGCAAGCUCGAAGAGGUCGAGAUGCAACGAAGGAAGGCAGAACAGGCGCGUGCAACAAUAAAAAUGCAGAUGGCAGAACGCUUACAAGAUGAGCUGCGACGCCGAAGAGAUCUAGAGGAGCAAGUGCAACAACUCGAAGACCAGGUUGGCGACAAGUCAAGGGCAGGCUCAGUCGUUGAGACACCCAAGGUCAAAGAGCUCUCCAUGUCGCUCGAGGAUGCGAAGAGGCGCUUGGCUGAGGAAAGGCAGGUCAAGGAAAACUUCGAAGACCUCCUUACAGCACUACGCGAUGAAUUGGAGAAGCAUCGCAACGAGGCCGACAACCUGCGCGACGAAGUGGUACCCCAACUCCGGGCGCGGCUUGAAGUGCUUGAAGGAGAUGCUGCCGACACAGAAAAGCUCGUGUACGAAACUACUCGUAUGCAACAGGAGAUCCAACAACUUAAAUCCGAGAACGAGUCGCUUGUUAAGCAAAGGAUGAUGCAACAACAAGCACCACAACAGUCCCGGGUCCAGUCUAUUCAAGAGGAAGGAGAUCUCGGCCCUUUACCUAAUCUACGAGUCGGUCUAACCCGCUCGAACUCGCUAGCCCGUAGCUCCGCUGGCCUCAACUCGAAACGAGGCUCAUUAUCACGUUCUAACUCCGUCAAGGACAGAUCGGGGGAUGUAUCACCAGUCGGUGCACCGACGGUCAGCAACCCUAUGAAGGAGCUGGAAGAGCAACGGGAUGCACUCCACAAGGCAUUAAAACACAUCUUGCAACGGCAAGAGCUGCAGCAGAAGGAAUUCGCGCGCCGCAUCAAAGAGGUAGAGGCUGAGAGGGACGCUGCUCUGAACCUCACUCCUCGCCGGACUGCGUUCCACAAAGAGGUUACAGUCCUCAGACAGGAAGUCAACUCUUUACGCCGCCGAGCCGACGAAGCACUUGAACAGAAGUGGCAAUGCGAGAAGGGUCUUGGUGGACUGCGAAUGGACCUGGAUCGUGCACAGCAAGAAACUGGUUCCCUUCGCGAGCUGCUCAGAGAACACGACAUCUCGAUACCCGAGAUCCGGAUAGAAAACGAACCUUUGGCCUUGGACAAGGCCUACAACGAGCUACGAACUACUCAUGCCCUCUCGCUUGCUCGCGUCAAGCAACUUGAGUCGAGCGACGGAGAUGCACUCGGCGCUGCCGGUGCCGAAGCUGAACGAACUCUGGACCUCUUGAAACAGAGCAUUUCUGAUGCAGAGGCAGAGCGCGAUUAUGCGCAGAACGAAGCCGAGCAGUACCGCAAACAGGCUCGUGCCCUUCAACAGUCCGAGAUCGAACACUUGGGCAGAGAACAAGAGCUUAGCAAGGAGCUGUUUGCUGCAGCCACCCGCAUGGACGAGCUCUCUGCUAAGAUCCAGCAGCAACUCACUGCCAACAGCGCUCUGCGCAAACGUCUUACUGACGCGAUCAUGCGCGGAGAACAGGACCAACGCAGGUCAACAGAGCAAAUCAUCCAGCUGGAGAAGAGGCUCAAGGCAGCAGAAGACAAGGUCAUGCUCGCCCAACAGUCUUCAGAAGACGCUGUCGCGCGCCACGAAGACGAGGUUCAGGCUAUCAAGGAAAGCCACACCAACCACCUGCGCCGUGUCAAGUCCGGACUCCUCAGUCCUUCGGCGUUCUCUCCCAGGCUUCCAUCGUCCCCUGUCUUCUCGCAACGGUCUCCUCGUCUUGACGUAACUUCAAGUGGACCCGCCAUGAGCCUAGCUGAAGCCACCAAGACGGAGUCGCUUGAGAAGCGCGUAGAGGAGCUCGAGAGGGCUCUUCGCGAUGCCGAUCACGAGAUGGAGGAAGUCGUUGGCCGCAUGAACACUGCUCAGAUGGAGGUCGCUGACCUGCAAUUCGAGAGGGAUGAGGCUAUGAGGCAGACACGCAAACUGCAAGCCGAGAUCGUCGCCGAACGCGAAAAGGUCAAGGCUCUAAUGGCCACGACCGCAUAA